CCCGGUUCAAAUAUAUAUUUAUAAUUCACAGCAGACAUCUACAGACACUAGACAAGGAUAUUUUGUAUAUGGUACUCCAUGUUUGCCACCGGAGCCAGCCAGUUAAACAUGGUUCCAGCAUUUAUGCCAUCCAAUGCUGAUAGAGAGAGAAGGCCAUCGGCCACAAGAUGGUGCGCAACUAUUUCCCAAGAAGACGGGACUGUCGCCCUCGGUUCCCCCCUCCCCUUCACAGCUCCGUUCUCAUUUAACCCAGUGCUGAGGUAUUGGGCGAGGUACGCUCCAGUGCCCAUGAUCAUCGCACAAUCGCAGACCGGACCCCCAUAUACAGCGAGCGUCCUUGAACCUUCAAAGAGUGCCAAACCUGACAUUCCUGGGCUGACUGCCUUAAGAGAAUGGGGGAGGGCGAUAUGCAAGCCCGUGGGAGGACAAGCAGACUGAAGAUCUGUCAUUCUAGACAGAACAGCCUUUCGACUGUCAGAG